AUGGAGAGCAAGAACUACCAAGCAAGCCACUAUGCCACUCAGGGCGAUGAGCAGACGUUGCUCCAGCGCCUGCAUCAAGAGCUUUACAAUCUCAAGUUUCUAAUCGUGGAUCGCGCACGCUUUGCCGGUUUACUUCAUGAGAUGCAGCCGCUCGGGCAGGAGCACAGCUGGCAGUUGCUCUGUUAUCUUACCUUCGGUGAUAUGCUGAAAAAUGAUAAUGAUGAUGUUACAUUGCCCUGCCCUCCUCACUUGAAGGAAAUUGGAAGAUCGACCGCCGAGAAAUGUAAAGGUCUUCUUCUGUCACUGGUUGUGGUUGGUGGUCUUCUCAUUCAGGAGACAGAAAAGAUACUGCUGAUGCUGCUGCAAUGGGGGAGGGUUCCUACUUGGAGAUCUUGGCUAUAG